CAUCAGUCAACGACUGAAGUUUCAGUCAACGAAGAUUGGUAUUGGUCACCGAUUUCACCAAUCUUCAGUCAACGCCCAAUCAAUGCCUAGAGCUUUGAAGCCAAACUGUUGAGGUCUUGGCAGCAGUUUUGUUUGUAUCAUGGCGUCGAGUGGUGAAACCACAAAUGAGAAACGGUACGAAUCAGCAUCAACUCUACCUAUCAGCGAUGUAGAAUCAGAGGCAGCCCACAAAAUCAUAGCCAUGGAAAAAGAUCCAGAUUUGACAGGUGUACCCCAGAAAAAGUCUCGUGUAGAAGUUCAAUCACUUCCAACUAGGCAGUAUUUGGAUCAAACUGUGGUACCAAUUUUGCUUCAGGCAUUAUCGAGUCUUGCCAAGGAAAGGCCACCAGACCCCAUAAACUUCUUAGCUGGUUAUCUGCUGAAAAACAAAAGCCAAUAUGACAAUAGUGGAUCACCACCUACUAGCCAAUAACGAUAUUACAAAAAUUUUUUAAGUCUAAAAUCAAGUGUAAAUGAUUUCAAUCAAUUAGCAAUUCUUAAGUGGGGCAAUCUUAGACGUGUAAAAUUUAUGAUAAGAAUCCUAUCAUGAUAUUUCUGAAUCUAUAUAAGAGUUUGGGAGUUUGUAUUCAAAUUAUACUUACUCAUUUUUGUAGAAUUCUAGUUACGUCUUGAAUUUUGAUAUCAUUUCUAUAUCAAUUUUCGAACGAAGUUAGCAUUUUCAUUUGUAAAGGCUAAUACAUUUGGUUACGACUACAUUGGAACCCGAACAGUGCAAAUGGAUGGAUUGAUCUCUGUAUUGAAUGCCUAUUCGGAGUUUUGGAAUUUUUGUUCUGUGACCCCAAUCUCCGAAUUCUUAUGGGUGAUAGUCGAAAUAGUUUUGAAAAGCACUAAAUCCAUGCCCGACGUAAGAAUCAGUGAUAUUUUAUAUAAUUUCAGAGUUCGAGUAACCGAUGCUAUGAAUUAAUUAAACCUCAGAAUAGGUAUGACUUAUGUGAUUUUCAUCAAGGACAAGGGUUAAAUCUAUUGUAACCCUAACAAAAAUCUACUAUGUAUUCGCUUUACCGUGUAUCCAUGUAUCCACAGUAAAACAAAUUUCAAUAAUUUUUUUUAUCUCAUCAGAGUUUCUAGAGUAAAUAAAGUGUUCUUAAUUAUUCUAAUUA